GCUUGGCUAAAGAAAUUGUAAAAACUGGGCACCCUCCUAAAACUAAAACUAUUAAUGUAGCAAACUCAAUGUUUAUGAGGGGAGUAGAUGAAGAGGAAAUUAUGGAUGUAGUUACAUCCUUUAACUCCAAGAAAUCAACUGACUGUGAUGGCAUUGAUAUGCACUUAAUUAAAGAUAUUUUUGGAUGUAUUGUGAAACCAUUUACCUACAUUUGUAAUCUGUCAUUACAAAGUGGUUUAUUUCCUGAUAGGAUGAAAAUUGCAAAGGUAGUUCCAAUAUAUAAAGCUGGAGAUAAACAUCUUCUCACAAACUAUCAGCCCAUCUCUCAACUACCACAGUUCUCUAAGAUACUGGAAAAAAUAUUUUACAAUAGAUUAUAUGACUUUAUCAUAAAAAGCAAUGUACUAUAUGAACAGCAGUAUGGAUUUAGACCCAAAAGGACCACAACGCAUGCCUUAAUGGAGUUUAUAGAUACAGUAACAACUGCUAUUGAAAACAAAAAAUAUGCUGUCGGAGUUUUUUUAGAUUUAAAGAAAGCAUUCGAUACAGUUGAUCACAGCCUGUUACUUAACAAACUAUGUACAUAUGGGGUCAGAGGGGUGGCAUUAAUGAGAUAUGUGCUAUUUCAAAGUCUUUGAAAAUAAUAUUAUUUGCGGAUGAUACAAACUUACUGUGCUGUGGAAGUAACUUGGAACAACUUCUGAAUGAGCUAGAAAAUGAAUUAAAUAAUCUGAAGACCUGGUUUGACCAUAAUAAAUUAACAUUGAACCUGAGCAAAACAAAAUUCAUAAUAUUUGGGAAUCGCACAUAUUCUACUAACAGUAAACUGACAAUAAAUAACACUGAAUUAGACAGAGUAUCUGAAAUAAAAUUCCUUGGUGUGAUAAUACAUCACAAACUAUCCUGGAUUCCCCACAUUAUUCAUAUCAAAGGCAAAAUAUCGAAGUCUCUGGCAAUUCUCUAUAAGGUCAAGGAUCUCAUAAAUCAAACAUCAUUAUAUACUCUCUAUUGUUCUAUUAUACUGCCGUACAUGACAUACUGUGUGGAAGUGUGGGGAAACAUGUAUAAGACACACACUUAUCCAAUAUACAUUCUGCAAAAAAGAGCAAUAAGGAUAAUAAAUAAAGCUACUUCAAGAGAACCAUCAAAUCCACUUUUUAUCAAAUUAAAUAUUCUCAAAUUUAAAGAUUUGGUUGACCUCAGAACUGCGCAAACAAUGUACAAAGCAGCAAAUAAAUCUUUGCCCCACAACAUUCAGAACUUGUUCCAAAUAAGACCAAAUACUCAUGACCUGAGAGGAAUCCUUAUGUUCAGCAAGCCAGUAGUAAGGACAAAUGUAAAAUAUCAGAGCAUUACAGUCAGAGGAGUUAGUGUGUGGAACACCUGUACAGAUGAAAUCAAGACAAGUACAUCAAUACAAAAAUUCACACGAUUGUUCAAAAAUAAUAAAUUGCAUGAAUAUAGGAAAUCUUCCUCUCAGUGACUGAGUUGUCUCAUUGUGUCCUCAUUUUUUUUAUAGAUCAAGGCCUGAGUAACCCAACCUUAAGUGUUCAUUAAGAUGUUUGUCACAUAGAUGUAAAACAAGCUCAGAGAUUAAGCGGGUGUUAUAGACAGGGUGAUUAGUUUAUGUAAAAAUGUAGUUUGUUGUUGUUUUGGUUUACGUGCUGAAAAUGGUUUUUAUUUGUGUAUGUUCAAUGUGUUAGACUUGUACAUAGUUAACCAUAUAUGAUCAAAUAAUGUUGAAUCCUGGAUAUGGAUUUGUAAGCAAUGAAAUUUGAAAUAAGGGGGUAGGAA